AUGACUCCCAAGAAGCCCUUGCUUCAGCCCAUCCCCCCUCCCUUAGCUACUGCGGGCCCCAGCCCUGCGGCCCCCAGGGAGCUGCAGCUGGAGGCGUUCGUUGGAACCAUGAGACCGUUCCGUCCGAUCUUCUUCCUCCUUCUCUUCCUCCUUGCCUGGCAGGGCUCCCAGGCCGUCCCCUCGACUGCGCCACCGGCGGGAACCGACUCCACUACGCUGGGUCACCCCUCCGCCACUGGAUUUCUUGGUGCUCCAAACCCUGGCCCUACUGAAAAUGCACACCAAGAACCCUCUGGGGCCCCAACAUUGAACAUCACGGAAAUCCUGCACCCAGACCCUCACCCCACCCAGACCGCUGGCCCCCAAACUCCAGAGACCCAUAACGUUGACACCACUCAGAUCCCAAGCUCUGAAUUUCCCCAGACCGCCCGCGUGACCCUGGUGGGGCGCCCACGGGGCGUGGCGGGCGGGGCCCUGUGCCUGUUCUUGGCCGGGACCGGACUCCUGAUCGGCAUCUUCCUGCUCCUGUGGUGUCUCUACCGCCGGGCGGCUCGGCACCGGCCCUUCGCGCACCACCGGCUACCGGACGACGACGAGCCAGUGAUGCACCUGGACACCCCGAAGGACCCCUACGACCUCUACUUUUAUGCACCGGACGCCUGGGUCCCUUCGCACAUCGCUACCAAGCAACUGCCGCCCACGCCCCCGCUGCCACCCAAGCUGCCCCCGCCGCCCCGCGGGGGUCCCCCCCAGCGCCUGGAGGCGCUGUCCCCUGCCACACUCCCCAAUAACUUUGUGUAA